CAUACUGUAUCCCAAAGUCCUUUUGUCAUCUCUGCAAAAAGGAAAAAAAAACAGAGAGCCUUUUUCUUCCAUGUGGUACCUUAUGUAUGUUAUAAAUAAUGAUAAUGAAGUAUUUACUGGUGAAGUUUUAAUCUUUAACUUCGUGCAGUAACAGAAGUAAUGGCGGGAAACGAUUCUUGAGAACUCUCAGGUAUCUCCGCAGCACAGAAACGAACUCCUUUCUUUAUGUAUAAUCUCUGCACUUUCCGUGCACCCUACUGUAACGCUAUCAUUGUCCAACCCUUACUCACUAUCACGUGUCGCCGGUUUCAGAAAACACGAGAUUGCUUUCGCUCUUUUUGCUUCCAAAAUCGCCCGUUAAAGCUAUCAAUGGCCCCCACUGCAGUCGUUGCGGAGUACGCGAAAUCGAACCGGUCAGCAUGCAAAAAGUGCUCCGAAAAGAUUGCGGCCAAGGCCUUGAGAUUGGGGUCGAUCAGCCGCGGCCCGCAAGGGUUUGACUUGACCAAAUGGUAUCAUGUGGACUGCUUUCCUUUCGCUUCUGAGCCAAGUGAUUCGGCUGACAACAUCAAAGGCUUUUCAUCGCUUAAGAGUGGUGAUCAGGAAGCUUUGAAGAAAUUGGUGGUUGAAUGCAAGAAGUCUCUUGAGGAGAAAACUGAUGGAGACAAAGAAGAUGUUGAAUCGGAGGAAACAAAUUCAAAGAGGAGAAAGUUAUCAACUCUUAGUACGGAAGCUAAUGUGGAGAUACCAUUUUCAGUCUCUGACAUCAAGGAAACCUAUAAGGAUGCUAAACUGUUACCAAACUGGAAGGCCUUCCAGACAACCAUUUUUCUUGAACGGGAUGAUGGUCUUCAUGAUUCAAAGAAAAUUGCUGCAUUUGAUUUUGAUGGAUGUCUUGCAAAAACAUCUGUGAAAAGAGUAGGUGCAGAUGCUUGGUCCCUUAUGUAUCCUUCAAUACCAGACAAGCUGCAGAGUUUGUAUAAUGAUGGCUACAAGCUAGUAAUUUUCACCAAUGAAUCUAACAUUGAACGCUGGAAAAACAAAAGACAAACAGCUGUGGAUUCAAAAAUUGGACGGCUCAACAAUUUCAUUAAGCACGUGAAGGUCCCCUUUCAGGUUUUUAUUGCUUGUGGAUUAAGUAAUUCUGAUGGUAAAGCCGAUCCCUUCCGCAAGCCAAAACCUGGAAUGUGGCAGAUUAUGGAGAAACAUUUCAACUCUGGCAUUCCAAUUGAUAUGGAUCAAUCAUUUUACGUUGGUGAUGCAGCUGGUAGAGACAGUGAUCAUAGUGAUGCUGAUAUUAAAUUCGCUCAGGUCAUUGGAUUGCAGUUUUUUGUCCCUGAAGAUUAUUUUGUCUCUUAAAAUGGUUAUGGUUAGUAAUGGAUGCAUAACACGAACUUUGCUGUUGUUAUGCGUGUAUAAAAUAAACAUAUACAUUUUAUCGUUCUUGCUUCUGAUGGUUGUAACUGAAAGCUUCCAUUAUGUUUGAUAAACAUAUACAGAGUUUAUGCCAAGCUUAA